GCAACGACCGCUAUCAUGAUUGCUAGCACUUUUUUGAGUCUGCGAAAUACGUUAAACGCUACCCCUCACGAUGAGCCAUAAGGAAGAGACGUCUGAGCUAGUGCGUUGUGAAGAUGUUUGGUUCGAAGACGGAACUGUGGUGUUACAGGCCGACAAAACUCUAUUUCGUGUCUACGCGGGCGUGCUCUCCAGGCACUCUUCCUUUUUCAACGAUGUUUUCGCAGCCCCACGACCUCCAGAUUUGGAUACAUAUGACGGGUGUCUCCUUAUUGCCAUGCGAGGAGACAGCCCCACAGAUGUUCGAAACUUUCUGCUGGCGAUGCUUGACAUAGAGCAUUUUGAAUCGUUGAUAGCUGACCCCUGCGCGGCGGUCGCGAUUCUCAAACUCAGCGAGAAAUAUGAGGCUCACAAGCUCCGACGACGUGUCACCACCGCGCUCGCACCUCUGUUCCCCACAACGCUCGCCGCUUUUGACGAGCUACGUUCUCGAGGUGCCCUUCCUCAGUCAUAUCAGCUUAGGCUCAUCUACCACAUCAUCUCUCUUGAACUUGCACUCGAGUCUGCGGCACCAAGCUUCCUACCCUCCCUUCUGCAUUUCAUGGCGGGUCAAAAGACCGAGGUCCUAGACCUCAUCCUCUCUGGGGGCGAGGAUUACACGAAAACGCUCAUUCUGAGCCCUAAAGUGAAGCAUGCGCUCUUGCUUGCAAAACAGCGGCUCUCCACGUUGGGUCGGAAGGAGGUAUUCACCAAGAUGUUCGAAGUCGGGGCAUGCGAGCAGGCCGAGAGAUGCAACGCACUUCGGUUGGCAUUUAUCAUCGAUUUCCAGGGCCCGGACGGCUACUUGGACCCCCUCCAAUCAGCCCGCGCAUUCGGGAAAGACUUGCCGGAGCUUUUCUGCUCGUCCUGCACGGGCAUAAUAGCGCAGAGCAUCAGCGAGGGGCGUACCAGAGUAUGGGAGCAACUCCCGCAAGUUUUCGCGCUUCCGUCCUGGAAAGAACUGGCAAAAGACACCUUUCAUCUACCCCCUGCCGCCAUAUCAUCUCUGGAUGCUCCUCUUACUCCUCGCCCUUGGGACAACGAUUGGAUUGAUGUUAUUCCUCCCUCUGCCUAAUCUAUAGACUCUUCUGUAGGACUGAUUCGAUGUCUUGUCCGUGCCGCCGGCGAGAUCAUGGUAGCACCAUACUCGAACUCUUGGUGCUUACAAUGGUUGAUCUCGGUUGGUCUGCACUACAUUAUGUACACUAAAUUUUUUGCCUCGUUUGCGCUACUCGCCACGUUUUUUGAAAGAUUCUCGCAGGUCUUACAAUAUGUGACUAGAAUCUAUUCGGACAUCUUAUGGACCUUGGUAUGUGCACCAUGCGU